CACGGUUAUAUCCAUAUCGCACGCGUACGAGAGCACGGAGCGUAGCGGGAGAGGAGGCGACUACACGAAGAAGCGUAAACGGCCGCCUAAAGUACACUCCUCGUGUUACUUUCUAAAUUCCCCCUCGCAAACAGUAUAUAUCCCCCGAUGACUUUGCGUUUUGCAAUCGUACGCACUGCGACGGGAAUCGCAUCCGAGUGGAUUUUUCGCGCGCCGUAUAAGCCUGGAUGUUAUAUCACAAACCACGGGAUCACCGCGGGAGAUGGCGGUCAGUGUCGUGAGAUACCUCGCUCUCCUUAUGUUCUGCACCCUGCUACAGUACCACUAUGCAACGGCUCAAAACAAAACCUUUAGAGAUCUCUUUAACAGCACAUCCUGCGCCAAGCCGCCUUACACCUGUCCGCAUCCGCAGAUAGAGUUCUAUCUGUACACUAGAGAAACGCAAAAAGACCCUUCGCUAUUAGACAUCCGUGAUUUUGAUUCCCUUUGGAAUUCCAAAUUCAAUAAAACGCACCCAACGAAGAUCAUCAUUCACGGUUUUGGCGGCGGACGAAACUUAGCGCCUAGUACAGAUUUACGAGAUGCGUAUUUCGCGCGAGGCGAUUAUAAUAUUAUAAUCGUGGAUUACGGUUCGUUGGUACGCGAGCCCUGUCUCUCGCAGAUCUCCUGGGGCCCGGAUUUCUGCUCUCAGUGCAUCGCUCAACUGGUGAAAUACUUGAGAGACCAUCCACGUGGCACGAGGGUAGAGAACGUACACGUGCUCGGAUACAGCGUGGGUGCACAUAUCGGUGGACUCAUCGCAAAUUAUUUGCCGAAUGACAAACUCGGGAGAAUUACGGGCCUCGAUCCGACGAUAUUUUUCUACAUGAACGGCAACCGGUCGAUGGAUUUAGACGAAACGGAUGCCCAUUUUGUAGAUGUGAUUCAUACAGGCGCUGGCAUUUUGGGCCAAUGGGGGCCCAACGGUCACGCGGAUUUCUACGUAAACGGUGGCUCGAGUCAGCCCGGAUGCGCCACUUCUUCUAUACUCCAAACGCUCUCGUGCGAUCAUACAAAAGUGACGCCGUAUUACAUAGAAUCGAUCACGACGAAAAAGGGAUUUUGGGCGGCUCCUUGCGCAAAUCUGUUCUCAUACCUAAUCGGAUGGUGCAAUCCCAAGAAAGACGAAUACAUCCUGAUGGGAGAAGAUUCGCCUCAUACAGCACGCGGCAUCUUUUAUCUGUCAACAAACGCACACAAACCGUACGCCCGAGGACUGCCCGUAAAAAGCCAGCGUCGGACAAGUCGGAAGCAAUCGUCCUCCCGCCAGUAUUAAGUCUAUUGAAACAACUGAUCAACAUAAUUAUAGAAUAACGCGUG